CUUUCUUUCUGCACCACCUGAUUCUCCAAAUACUCAUCUGAUUGCCUUAUUUCCCUACCAAACAUGGCUUCCUCAUCCACCCUCUCCGCCCAAGAGCUGGAGACCCUGUCCACCAAGGCCAUCGCUGCCAAGGCCUCUGCAUACUGCCCCUACUCCAAGUUCCGCGUCGGCGCAUGUCUCCUCACCCACUCUGGUGAAUUCAUCCAAGGCGCCAACGUCGAAAAUGCCUCAUUCCCUGUCGGAACAUGUGCGGAGAGAGUCGCGUUUGGCACUGCAGUAGUCGCCGGCCACCAAAAUUUCAAAGCCAUCGCCGUCGCUACUGACAUCUCGCCUCCCGCGUCCCCGUGUGGCAUGUGUCGACAAUACAUGAGGGAAUUUGCGACCCCCUCUUUUCCCAUAUACAUGUAUGACAAGGACGGUAACUACACUGUUACUACUAUGGGCGAGAUUCUUCCGAAUUCUUUUGGGCCUGAUGAUCUUGACGGUGGUGGUUCUUCGUAGGUUGUUUUUGGAGGCACUCUUUUGCUUUUCAGUCAGUGCCGGAUGCUAGGGUGCUUGAGUCUAAGCAUAGGACUUCGUUAGCUAGUAAAUAGCUUCAUGCGUCUAUUGCAUUGCUUUUUCCGG